UGUGGUCGUACUACCACCAGUUGAGUUUGUAGUUUCGCCCGGUGUAGAAGGUCGGGUCAGUGUGUUUCUUGUUGUUAUACUUCGUAUAAUUGCGCGACCGCUUGUAUGUUUUUUUCUCUUGUUUGGUUCUUUCCGGAUUAACUUGACACGAUUGCGUCUCUCUCUCAACAAAUUCAUCUUGGAAAUGUCAAAGUGAUUUUUUUUUGAGGAUUUCCAGUUGGUGCAGUGGCAGUUUUAGGAUAGUUUCGGCCUCUUUUCUUGGUUUUGUAUGGACUUUUCGGGAGUUAUUUGUUUGGAAGUGUUAAUUGCGGUUUCCAACGUCUCUCGAGAGCAUAUAAAAUUAUUGAGUUUAUGUGAAAAUUGUCGCUAAAAAGCCAGUGAAAAAAUUUCUAGUGCUGAGUGCUACAAAAGAUAUAUCUGAAAGAUACAUACCAAGUGCCUUAGUGUGUUCAGCAACCCGCAGCGGCGGGAGAUCGGGAAAUAGUGGUGGAAAAUAUUGAAUUACCUUUAGUUAUAAUACAUAAAUUCCGCGUGUGUUGAUUUUCCUUAUCUCCGAGGUUUAUUUCUGCUUUCCUCCUCUUAAUGCUGUCUCAUCUUACGCGAACAGCGAAAUCCGCGGAAUACAGCAACAGCAACAGAAAUCGUGGUUCUGAGAUAAAAACAACCCCAGAAAACGAUAAAAGUCUACGGAUGUUUACUAGAUAACACCUUCACGUAUUUUUUAUGUUUUGUUGAACAAAAUUUCAAUAUUAAUGCGGCACUGGAGGCUGUACCAAAUUUAAGGCCUUGGUACCUAGUGAUCUUCCCUGCGCCCGUACCAAGUGAACUUACUGAGCAACCAGUGCAUCCCUGGAUUACCUACGUUUCAGUGCGAAAGCUGUCGGUGUAGUGGUUUGUUUGUUAUGUUCUUGAAAUUUAUUUGAACAAUUUUUAUAAGAUUUAAAUUGUCCAAGGAUAUCAUAACGCAAGUGCUUUACAUGAUAUAUAAAUGACUGUGAUAUGGAACUUAUGAUAUUUAGAAAACAAAAAACUCGAAAAGUGUUGAUCAUGAUUUGUAACAAAUAGUAUUAGUUUUUGUGAAUUUCUGCAAGAAAAAAAAAACAUUUCCCAACUAGUGAUUGUGUGAUAACUACAAAACCAUAAAUCUCCGACAAGAGAACCCAAAAAUCAUCUCCAGAAUAAUCCGCGAUUUUUUUUUGGUCACCCUAUAUACACAAGAACCAUCAAAAUGAUCAAAUUAAAAUCAUUCUUUCGCAGAGGACAAGGUCCUUCGGGAUCCAAAAAUUCCGGACAUCAACAGCAAUCAGGUCAGAUCAAACAAUCAGCAUCAGUAUCAAGUCUCGAUGCUGUAGGUCUGAAAUCUUCCAAAUCAGCUAAACAUUUUGGCUCCAAGGAUAAACUAGUCGAUCAAGGAUUAAAGAAUUCCAAAGAUAAAUUGAGCAGUCGUGGUGGAUCACGAGAACGAUUAGCUGACAGCCUUCCUGUUGGUGGAGGUGAAAUACCAACGAGCGGAUUGUUAAUAACAAAUUCCAAGCCGAAAAAGAAGACUUCACUACAAUCAUCUCAAAUGCCUAUCAUUCAACAAAAUGUUAUUGCCAAUAAUAAUUUAAUUGAUCACCGUGAUGUUGUCGACUAUAAUAAUCUUGCGACGAACGAGAAAAGGGAUUUAGGAGAUUUAUCAGCGGCUGUUACGUUUGAUGGUCAAAAGGAGGCUACCAGACAGCAGCAGCAACAACAGCAACAACUCCAACAACAGCAGCAGUCAAUGAUGCAAGAGCUGCAGAGCCAUUUGGAGCGUUUAACACGUGAAAAGAUGGCCCUUGAAGCACGAAUAAUCGAGUUGUCUUCAUAUCAAGCGGAAGUUGUACAACUGCGUAAUGAAAUCGCUAAAUUUCAGAGUAUUCAAGAGAGAAGUAACAACGAAAUACAGAAGUUAUCCGAGGAAAAUGAGACGUUACGGAAUCGAUUACGCGAUGUCGUCAAUUCACCACUAUCCGAUGCGGAGAAACAUCAAAUCAUUCAGGAUUCGCAACGUUUACAUAGUUCAGCCCCGGCAUCGAUUGCUCUACCAAAUAAUCAUGAAGCUGAUGGCACACCUUGUGUUACACCCGACUGGGAUAAGCAUUCAUCAAGUAGCGAAGUAUCUGUAGCUUGUUUACAAGAUAAAAUUAUUCAGAUGGAAGAGACCCACUACUCAACAAACGAAGAACUACAAGCCACACUUCAAGAACUUGCCGAUCUUCAAACCCAACUCAGUGAAAUUCAGUCCGACAAUGAACGUCUUGCCGAAGAGAAGGAUGUCCUUUUCCAAUCACUAUGCCGACAAACGGAGAAGCUAGAGGAUUCCCGCAACCAAAUCGGGACGCUACAAGAACUUCUGCUACGAGAAUCAAAUCAACAAGAAGUUGGUUCCACGGAAAGAGAACAGAAGCUCCUAGACCUUCUAAAAAACGCUCAGGAGGAGCGUGAAAGUCUUCUCAUCAAACAGGAAGAACUCAAUUCAGAACUAAACGAAUUGCGACAAGCUUUAGAAAAGUCUACGGUUGAAAAUGGACGUUUACGAGAGAGAAUUAGUUUAUUGGAUUCAACGGUCGAUGCAACGAAUGCCGAUCGUAAACAGCUGGAAUCGCAGCUUAUUCAAGCCAAAGAAGAAUCAUCUGAGAAACAGAUUGAAAUCAGCAGAUUAUCGACUUUAUUGGAGAAUGCUCGGGCGAAGAUCGAUGAAUUGGAACAAGAUCGAGCAAUGGGUGAUAAAACCGAUUUGGGUGAAUUGUUGGAUGUGGCCAGGAAAGAAAAGGAUCUUUUGGAAGGACAAGUAGCUACUAUGCAAGAACAACUGUCGAAGAGUCAGUGUGAAAUUCAAAAACUUCGUGAUCAACUUGCUGCAGUUAAUGAGGAAUGUAAGGUCGCCCGGAAUAAUGCCAAAUGUGCACUUUCCGAUUUAGAGUAUAAAUAUGAAACACUGAAGGAAGAGAAACUCAAACUCAAUGCUGAGUAUCAACAAUUGCAGGAUACAGCUAAUGAAUUGCAGGUACAAUGCAAAUGUCACUUAGAGGAUAAGGCACAGCUAGAAAGUUUACUAUCAGAAGCCCAAAGACAUUUAGGCGAUGCUGAAAGAUUGCUAGCAGAAAAGGAAGAAAGACUUCAAGACGAGAUGAAGAUGCGCAAACAAGAUGCUGAGGAAUGGGAACAAUUCCAAUCUGAUCUACUAAUGACCGUUCGUGUUGCGAAUGAUUUCAAAACAGAGGCUCAAUCGGCUCGUGAACAACUCGUCAUGGACAAUAAGACCCAGCGAGAGAAAAUCCGUGCCCUAGAACAACAAAUUGACAAGCUUAACAAACAAAUUAAAAGCAUGCAACCAGAUGAUCCUUCUUCUGUGGGUAACUCUGUAGAUAGUUUGAUUAACAGUAGUAGCAGCUUGCAUUUGGAUGAGUUCUCCAAGCAAGUUGCCAAGUUUCGACGACAAAUUAGCACGUUCGGAUCGAGCCGGGAAUUCGGACGGAGUACCAGCAAUGACGAAUUAGAUCAGGAUGCGGCAUCACAGGAAAGUCUGGAUAAAUUGCCGCCACUGCCGAGAACAGCACCACCAACAAAGGCUCGGCUGCUGAAUGAUCAUUUGUAUGGGUCAGGCUUUGGUUUCACUCAAAGUUCACAGGACCUUUCUGCUGAAAAUAAAGAGGAUGUAAAACCUGUUUUCACAACAAGGAGCAUUGAUGAUUUGUUACUGAAUGAUAUCGAUGGUAUACACAAAGCAAAAAACCACUCUAAAUUCCACUUAAGGAAGCAUAAAUCCACUGAAAAUUUGCUGGAAGAGCCCGAUUCACCCGGUGCCGAUUCAGAGAAAACAUAUCAAAAGAAACCGCAACCAUUGCCGCGAAGCAACAGUUCUAAUGAUUUGAAGGCAAAAAGCGCUCAAAAAGUGGUUUAUAUUCUUGACAAGACAACAAAUGAAUUUGUUUUGGAAUCUAACCCUGAGAAAGCUGAAGUAAGUGCUCCCGAAGAGCCACCAUCUAUUGUCUCAAAAAUCAAUACGGAAGUUGAACCUAUUUUGCAACGGCCAGAGCCUGCAAAACGAAAAGAAAAGUACGACGAUAGUGCUAUCUAUGCAAACAUAGAUGAGUUGAAAAUUAUCGAAAAAUCUGUUGAGGAUAUUGAUGAAUCCAUAUUGCGAAGAAGCGCAACAGAUACAGCCGUAAAUGUAAGAAGACUUGAUCCUAUUGAACGCGCAUCAUGUCCGGUAUCCAAUCCGAACAAGGAUGAAAUGGUUAGUACAGCCACAAUGGUCCUAUCUAGGCAUUCGGGCCUUCAGUACAGAUAUUCGGACCGUUCUCCGAAUGCACGUAAAAGAUUUCAACCAGCGGAGAAUCAGCUUUCAACGGACGCCCAAACAUCUCUUCUGAAUACCGUCCAACAGGAGAUGGCUGCAAGACGACAGAAAGUCGGUGGUGGAAUAUCACGACAGGAUUCUAGGUUGUCCGUUAAGUCGUUGAUUGAAAGUAUAGAGAAUGUUAAUAGACAGACCAAAACAGCUGGAACAGGUUCACGUUGCAGCUCUUCAUCUAGCUUGAAUAGUGUCACAUCUGAAAGUUUGAAUGGCACUACUGGACUAGUUGGCGGAAAUAUCACAACUACUCAGAAUGGAACAAAUAAUAAAAGCAAUUCGAUUGGGGACUGGUCUGAUAAUCAGCUGCACACUCCAAUCGUAACCGGUCUACAAGCUAAAAGUCCUUUACGUGAACAGCAACAAACAACAACCGGUUCAAAUAUCAACAUAAACGGAGGACAAAAACAAAUAAUCACAGAUAUCGAUAAAAAUAAUAAGAUGACGACAAUUAUACUAGACAACAACAAUAAAAUUAGUAGCAACUACAACAGUUCAAUGACUACAACGAAUUAUAACAACAACAACAAUUGCAACAAUAGCAACAAUGCCAACAACAUUGGAAGAAACUAUAAGACGGCAAUGAGUGAUGAGCCUCAAAAUUGUGUGACAUCCAUUCUAGCCCAGAAAUCCAUGGAUUUUAUCCGCCGAAAUAGCUAUGGAGAUUUAAGCGAACGAAAAGACCCACUCAACGCCCUCGUCAAAAACGGAGGUUCAAAACGUAACGCCCUACUGAAAUGGUGUCAAAACAAAACCGUGGGCUAUCGGAAUAUCGACAUAACGAAUUUCAGUUCAUCGUGGAAUGAUGGUUUGGCAUUUUGUGCAAUUUUGCACUCAUAUUUACCCGAUCGAGUGCCUUACGAUACGCUAGGACCAAAUAAUAAACGACGUAAUUUUUCGAUAGCUUUUUCGGCAGCUGAAUCUGUUGGCAUACCAACGACACUGAAUAUCAACGAUAUGUGCCAACAAGAACGACCAGACUGGACGCAAGUGAUGGCCUAUGUGACUGCAAUUUAUAAGCAUUUUGAGGCAUAAUGUUUUCAUGUAGUAUUGUAUUUAGUGUUUAGUUAUCACAACAUAUUUCUUUUCAUUGUUCAUCGUUUCUGUGUCCCCUCAAAUAUUCGAAAUGAAACUUAAUUCAAAAUGAUAUGAUAUUCUCCAUAGCAAAGAAAAUUAUGAAUAUUCAUUGUAUUUUAGGUUAUGCGUCUCAGUAACAAUUAUGUAUAUGUUAAUCGAAAAAAAAAACAAAAAAUUAUUUAUUGUUCUGUUUAUUGGCUGUUUCGCUCCAUAAUAAACACAACCUAUUACGAUAAAUUGCUACCAAGCUGAACUGUAAAAGUUGUCUGAAAGCGUAGACACCAUAAGAUUUUGUGAAGAAUACGGAAGGAGUAAGGAGAGUAUCUAGAUACUAAUUCUGAACUGACUUUUGCAACGAAACAUGAAGUAAGAUUGAAAUUCUUUGAUAUCUAGUCACAUUUUAAGAAUUUCGAUAGAUUCAUUUCGGUCACUUCUGCUCUUCUUGUAAAUAAUUUCUGUAAUUUCCGUUUCAAAUGCUUCGAAAUCAUCACAUAUUUAAGUCAUUCGAAUAUCACAUUUAACGUUCUCCUGAUGCUUGGGCGCAGUUGAAUGCCAGCAUCCACCCUUUCGGGUGUCAGAAUAUAGUUAGGGAAACGCAAAUGAAACUACUAAACCACACAUCCAAAAUCUUUACUCCAGUUCGGAUAUCAAGCCUUUAUCAUGUCCACUUGAAUGUGCUUCUUCAGCAACUAAUUACGCAAUAAUAUUCUCUGAAUAUGAACAUACACAUAAACGCCUAACGCAUUAUACAUUUAGAAAUGAAACACCCCAAAUAUAUAAGACUGUUAAGUAUAAUAAUAUUUUAAAUUAGGUAAAGUAAAGUGUUAUCGAAUGUAAUCUUCCUUUUUCUCCCUCUACUCCCACGUCGUACUUCCUACACGAACUUGAAGAUUUUCUUGAUUGAAGAUAAAAGCGUAUUUUUAGAUAAGUAGUAGAGAAAAAGAUAAUUUCUUGUUGUGUUAUUCAGAGACUUUACUUACAUGCAAUGGAAGCAGAUUUACAAAUAUAUAUUUUACGAGAUAUGAGCGCCAAGGACACGAUAUGGUCCUUAUGCAUAUUCGGCAGCUACUGAACUCCGCGAAUAUCUCUUAUGUUUAAUUGAAAUCCUCAAUGGAAUUUGAAGAAGAAAUUAAAUAAAAUAUUGUGGUAUUGUUGUAACAUUAAAUUGGAUUUUUAUUUUAUCUUUCGCUGCUUUUCUUCUCUAGUUUCUUAGAGUUAGCCUAAGGAGUUUUGAUAGAGCGUUAUCGUAGAUAUGAAGAAAUGAGAACUAUUUUAGUAUUUUUUGCAUAAUACAUAUACAAGUAGUUAACAUUUUCAAGUGUAUUGUCAAUAAUAUUUAAUAAGCUGAAAUGAAGAAUGAAAUAUGGAACAUUGGCGAAGCUAAUAACCGAAGGAAUGCCGUCAAUUGGAAUAAAAGUAAUAUAUUCAAA